UUCCGUAUUAGAGGUCAUGGGAUUUUGCUUGAUUGUUUUUGUCAAGGGAUAUUUCGAGUUGGUGGCAUAUUCAAGGGUUAUUUAUCCGAUCGAUGGAAUGUAGUGUUCCGACUUAUUCAUUCUCGAUUUCAUUUCGCUUUAUUCUUUGGCGAGUUAUUUGUUUCCCUUAGAGAUUUACUGAGUUCUUUGUGGUCUGCUUUUCGUUUGCUCUGUUGGUGGUUUAACAUGACUCAAAUGUCGCCUAACAAAGGCAAAGCUCCGUUGGAUCGUACUGAAACGGUGAGGAUUGCUACUUCUGUUCUGGCUCGGAGGAUCCAACAGUUCUCGAUGACUCUUAUUGGGCGUUUGAUGAAUCCGAGUAUUCAGAGAAUGGAGUCUUUGUUAGUUAACUUUCCUAAGAUUUGGAAGCUGGAGGACAAGGUGGUGGGUGAUGAUUUGGGGCAGGGUCUUUUCCAGUUUAAUUUUGAAGCAGAGGAGGAGAUUCAGUCGGUUUUGCUGAACGGGCCAUAUAACUUCGAUGGGUGGAUGGUUUCUUUGGUGAAGUGGGAGACGAUUAUCUCAUCAACUUAUCCUUCUGCUAUUAACUUUUGGGUGAAGGUUACUGGUAUUCCUAUGCAUCUUUGGGAGGAUGCAACUUUAAGAGCAAUAGCUAAGAAGGUUGGUAUACUUAGGGAAAUUGAUGAGGAGUCUAGGAGCUUCUGUGUGACUGUUAAUGGUUUCAAUCCUCUUCUCUUCAAGCUGGUUGUUCCCUUUGCUUCUGGAGAUGAGAUUAUUGUUUCUCUUGAGUAUGAGAAACUUUCGGAUUACUGUGACCAUUGUUAUCGCCUUACUCAUGAGAUGAGAGGGUGUCCAGACUUGCAAAAGGGGUCCGGUGAGCAGGCUGUGGAGCAUCAGACGGAUAAGAGGAGUGGUCAGAGACAACAUUUACAAGCUAAACAAGGGUUUUAUCACAAUGAAGGUGGUUGGGAGAAACCAAGAAAGUUUGUUAAGAGGGCUCUGGAUUUUCACAAUCAGGAUCCUAGUGAUGGUGAUUUGGGUCAUGUUAACUCUCGACAUCAUGAGAGAUUUAAUGGUUCGGUUUGGGGCCAGAAGAAACAGUUCACUGCUGGUGAUUCCAGUGGUUUUGGUGGGCAGCGAGGUUCUCAUGUGCUGAAUGGUGACUUUCUGGGGCAUGCUCCCUCUAUUAAUCUCAAUCGAAAGGGUUUGGGACCGGUGUGGCCUAAGCCUUUGUACAAAGCUAAACAGAGUGUCACUGAGAAGCGGUUACAGGAGGAGGAUAAUGAGGAGCAAAUGGCUUCAAAGUCGCAGUUUGGUUCGGUUUCUGGAGAUGUCAAUCAUGACGGCUUGGUGAAGGAUCCGGUGGAUCCAGAUUUUAUGGUGGAGACUGAUGAUUUGUUGGAGGAUGGCGAGUGCCCGGAGGGUGGUAAUUCCGUUUUGGUCGAGGCUGAUUUGGGUAAGGAGGUUGAGCCUAUUUUGGGAAAGGGGACUGAACUACAAACGACCAAGGAUGAUAUUCCGUCAGGUGCAGGGAACAAACAUAAGGGGAUAGAGAGACAGGACAAUGUUUCCCAGCGUGGAAGAUCAUCAGAAGGUGGUCGUCAAGUCAAGAAAGGGAUGGUGGCGCUCCCGAAACCACCGGCGCAACGUGAAGAUCCUGAGUUGGAACUGUCAGGGCAUUGGGGCGGACCUGACAGAGAAUUAUUUGGGAGAUUUGUGGAAGAAAUAUCGACCAGACAUUUUAUUUUUAUCAGAAACGAAAAAAUGUUUUUCAUAUUUACAAAAUUUUCAAAAUAAGUUUGGUUAUAAUAAAUUGUAUACAGUUGAACCCCGCGGGUCUAAUGGUGGUUUAGCUUUAUUUUUCAUGGAUAAAAUAAAACUUUCUAUUCUCUAUGA